AUGGGCUCGGAUCAGUCCUUAAGUCCGGAGACUGAUUUUUCCAACGCCUUUGUUUAUGCGUGCCAUACCGGUGAACUGUCAAGGGUCCAGGAACUCCUCGCUAGCGGGCGAGUAACUGCCGAGGAUCUCGAUCGGGGACUCGGGGCCGCAACUAGACAGGCGCAAGCAGAGAUCGUGGCUACCCUCUUCGAUGCCGGUGCCAGCGUGUCAGACUGGGCGAUGGGCGCUCUCCACGGUAUGUCGAAGCAGGACCUGCCUGUGAUACGACUCUUCCUCGAUCAUGGUCUUGAUCCAAACGCUAUGCACUCUAAUGGCGAGCUUAUCCUAAGGUAUAUCUUGGCCGUUCCCGUCACUGUUCUAGUUUUAAGACUUAUCUUAGAUCAUAGCUCUAUGUUAGAUCCUACCUGUGCUCGCGAAUUACUCUCACGGGGGGCGGACCCUAACCGGGUUGGCGUGCGGGGCGUAUCUCAUCUCACUGGCGCUAUUGUUGCUAGCGAAGAUACGUCUCUGGUCGAACUGCUUCUUGAAUAUGGUGCCAAACUUGAACAGGAUCUCCUCUUUGAUGCACUACGUCCACGCGGACGCCAACCGCAGCUUAUGACGUCGUUUUUGCUGGAUAAGGGCCUCGAUCCUAACCAAUUCAAUGCUGACUGGGGCACUCCACUACACUUUGCGGUCCGAACUGGUAAGCCAAAUAUCGUUAAAUUACUACUGGACGCGGGUGCAGACCCCACGGCGCGAUCUGCAGGCAAGCGCUACCAUGGCGAACCCCCUUCAGCGGCCGCUCAGCAUCAGCAAAAUCCUGAGAUCAAAGAACAGCUACUAGAUCUCCUCCGGUCUAAACAGUUGCAGGAUACAUGA